CUUGCUUUGCUCGUAGUCGCCGCUUGUCAAGUCAAUGUGAAUUUAAACCGCGUGAUUGUAUCCGCCGUGUUUUUGAUUUCUGUGUACAUUAUAACGAUUUGGUGGUGUUUGAGUGAAAAUGGGCGACAUUAACGCCGGUCUUAACAUGAAUGUGUUCCUCUUGGCAGGAAUUACCUUAGUUGUAUGUGUAAUAUUACACUUUAUAUACAAGACUAUCUUUGGAAGCAAGCAAAAGGAGACAUCAGAAAAUGCAACGGAGAGUAAUUUGGAUGCUCCGACCGAAGAGGCUAUCUCGGAGACUACAGCGCCUGAAUACAAGGCCAGUGGAAAGAGUAAAAAACGUGCGCCUUGGAAGGGCAAGACCGAAUUCAGCCAUCCUUGGCUAUUGAAGAAUCUCAAAGGACAUCCUGGAACGGUUCUCCUUGUUGACUUUUCUGCUAACGGAAAGUUUAUGGCCGCUACCUGCGAUGAUGGUUCAGUGAUCCUCUGGGACAUAAGAGACUUGAACCAAAAGGAACACAAGACGCUCCGUGUGAAUAUAGAAUUCGACUACGCUUCGCAUGUGGCCUGGAGCCCAGACUCCAAGGCCUUUAUCGUCCAUACAGUUAGGGAGAACCAUAUCGUUGUCUACAAAAUUGAGAGGAAAAAGGAUGGCGUUAUAGGAGCUGCUACUCCGGUCAUCACAUUUGAUAAGGUGCACGCCGAUGACGUGGUCGGCUUCGGGAUAUCGAGCAACGGGAAGUUCAUGAUGUCCUGCUCUUGUAAGACUGACAUGGUUAUUUGGGACCUGAAAGGACAGCAGUUGGACAGGGUGGAUACGUAUUUAAUGAGUACAUACUCUGCAAAGAUAUCGCCUUGUGGGCGGUUCGUGGUGGCGACAGGGUUCGCGCCGGACGUGAAAGUGAUGGAGGUGUGUUUCACGAAGACGGGGGAGUUCAAACAGUUGACAAAGGCGUUCGAGCUGACGGGCCACACGUCGGGCGUGUAUGACGUAGCGUUCGACGUGGACACGUCACACAUCGCCACCAUAUCGAAGGACGGCACGUGGAAGUUGUACCACACAAAGAUCGAGUACACGCGUGGCGAAUCACCCCACGUCCUAGAAACGGGGACGUACACGCAGACAGCAAAUCACCCUCACAUCGCCCUGUCGCCCAACUCGGAAGUGCUGGCGGUGUCCGUGGACUCCAGCGUGGAGUUCUACGACACAUACACAGGGAAGCUGUAUGACACCGUGGGGAAUGUUUACUCAGGGUUGAUAAAUUACAUGAAGUUUGACGCCAGUGGGAAGUAUCUGUUCGUGUGUGGCGACCGUGCUGUGAGGAUCCUCCACAAUGUGUGCGGCUACUACACCAUGAUAGGCAGCUGUACUCGUUUGCUCGGCUCCAAGCAAACUUCCGCCACUGUGGAACGCCUUAAGAAGACCAUACAAGACUGCAAAGAUACUCUGGCUACGUUCGGGAAGUGAGCUGUGAAUUGAUUUUUUGAUGCAUUUUUUUCGAUGCUCGUACUGAUUUAAUUGGUUUGGAAAAUUUAAAUAAAUUAAUGCAAAACUAGUUCCUGAUGUUUGCCUAAACAUGAAACCUUUAUGCCAUGCAGAAGUUGUUUGAAGUUGACACACAUUGUUUUUAUGAAAGCUGACGAAAAAUAUUUUCACACUUACUCCUGGACUUUGGUCAGACAAAGGCUGUGGUAUGAUUAUACACCCUGUCUUGUUAAACGCCUCAGUAAGGGGAAUACUGAGGCAAAGCGAGAGGGUGUGUUGAUUUCGUUGACAAAUAAUAAAUAAUUGACAAGUGGCAAUAUCCUGUUUGAAACGCCAUUGACGUAUUAAACUGUCGAAGAUAUACCUAGUCAAUAAAACACAUUCAAUGUUGUCAGACCUGUCAAAACAAGCCUGUCAGACUAAGCUAUAAUUAAUAGGUACCUAUAGCUAUGUAUCUAUGGCGUCGCCAAAGUUGACUAUAAUCUUUAAAUUCUAAGACCGUAAUAUUACUUCACUAUAUAUAUAUAUACUAUAGCUACGUCCGUGAUAGGAAGGUGGUGGGCUAGAUGCGGUUUUCUAGACCCAAAUUAUAUUAUUGUCGACCAACUUGUACAGGUUUCAUGUCUGGGCUACAAUGGUGAUUAUAAUUGUAUGUAACACGUCCAACAUAUUGCAUUUUUCUUUUACAUUUAGGAUUAAUGAAUCGGGAAAUUCAGUAUUAUUUUACACAAACAUUCUCGAUUGAACACAAUAAAAAAAUUCAACAGCUAAUUAAAUGGUUAAAUCACUGCGCGCAUCGAAAAUAUACUCUCAUGUGCAUUUAUUUUGUAAAACAACUAUUUUUAUAUAUUUAGUUAGGACUUUACAAUGUUCUUAGGUCACAAAUCUAAUAAGCUGAUCUCUGUCCAAAUUUAUAUUUUAAGAGUAGACAUACCUACAUACCUACCAAUUUUAUAUAACUAUUUGACAAAGAUUUUGAUAAUUAUGAGAACUUGUCUUUAAUUGCUUGUCUUUAAAAACAAUUAAGUUUUAUAUUCUUAAUUCAUUUAUACUUUGCCUAUACUCAGUUCCAACACAAAAUGCAGGAUCGUUUUGUGUUAAUCGGAUUUUUGAAGUAUAAAUUUAACUUAUCGAAAUUUUGAAAAACCACAGAUGGGAUCUUACAAUUUGACAUUUAGGUAUGCGAAUCCCAUAACAUUGUUUAACUAGUGUAAUCAGCCAUUUCAAAUAGUAACUGAAAACCAGCGAACCGAAUGGUUUCAUUGGAUCUUACGAGUAUGUUUCACCAUAUAGGUACAUAACUACCUUUUGAAUGAAAUUAUUUGACUCGCUGGUUUUAAGUGAACCAUCACUACUUUAUAAGACCCUGUAGAAGUGGAGACUACAUGUUAACAGUUUUAUGUUUUACUUUAAAAAUAUAUGAUUAUUGUAUUACUUUGAUGUCUGACCUCGUGAUUUGCAAAGACAGAACAUUUUUAUAAUUGUCAAUUAUUGAUUUGAUUUCUCUAAUAAAUAUUUGUGUUAAAAUUUUUAA